GGUCAUAUAUAAACACAACAAACCUUUGUCGAUUGUUGUCGAUUACUAAGUAGGUACUCGAUAUUUUCGCAGAUAUUCUUUGUUUUCUUGUUUAUGUCAAGUUUGUGUAUUGUUUUUACUGGUAUAGAUAGAAGUUUCUGCAAAUUUAGUGUUUUUUUUUAAAUAAUUUAGUGAUUGUGCAAUGGCUGAAACUCCAGGAAGUGAGCCUGUUCCGUCGUCUAGCGAGCCCCAGAUUGUGGUCGCUAGCGACGUGAAGGAGGAUGACGAGGGGCCAGCGCCUAAAAAGCGGAGGAUCUCAGACAAAGACUUGUCUGACAAGCUCGAGCACAGGCUGGGAGGCAUACUGUGCUGCGCAGUUUGUCUGGACCUGCCUCUAGCGGCCGUGUAUCAGUGUAGCAACGGGCACUUAAUGUGCGCCCCUUGCUUCACGCACUUGCUCGCGGACGCGCGUCUGCGCGACGAGGCGGCCACCUGCCCCAACUGCCGCGUCGAGAUAUCCAAGAACUCGGCCUCGAGGAACUUGGCUGUGGAGAAGACGGUGUCAGAGCUGCCAUCGGAGUGCAAGUUUUGCACUAAAGUCUUCCCGAGACAUUCGCUUCAGCAUCAUGAGACUGAGAUCUGUGAGGAGCGGCGUUACAAAUUCGCCCAAACGGUAGUGGAGUCGAAGCGUAGCUACGUAGCUAGUUUGGUUCGCAUCGUGUGGGAGCUGUGCGCGCUUCUACUGGCCACCCUGCAGCCGCGCGUGUCGCCCCUCAAGCGGCCGCGGACCACCAGACUGACAGAGUGCAAGUACUCGUGUAUAGGGUGCGGCUGGCGUGGGCCGGCGCACGAGGCGCACGCGCACGAGGCGGCGUGCACACAUCCGCACAAGUCCGCGGCCGACGUGCUGGCCGUGCUGGCGGCCGCGCAGCGUCGUGCUGCAGAGAGCGCCGCGCCCUACGGCCUCAUAUGGGACCUGCUAUCCUACGAGAAGAUCACCUUCACUGACCUCCAACUGAAGCCGUACCGCACGGAGGAGUCUGUCCACAGGCUAUACUUCGAGAGCUCCCGGUUCUCGGCGUUCACCCACCAAUGGGUGGUGAAGGCGUUCGUCAACAAGAACCAGGGCGACCCCACGCAGUCCGCCUCAAGGGAAAUCACUUAUCAGUUAAUCCUGAAAAGUAAGACGCUCUGCCCGCAAGCGCUGCAGUGGAUGUGGCUGCAAGGCCCGUACGGCGAGACGCGCGUGCGCGCGCGCGUGUGCGCGCACGUGUUCCGGGACGACGCCAGCGCGGCGCCGGCGCUGCCGCUGCCGCUCGCCGACCGCGCCGACACCAACCGGCUGCUCUCCAACAAGGCCGUGCACUUCAGACUUAUCAUGUUUCUGGCUUCGAAGUGAUGUGGCAGCGGGCGCCUGGCGACCAACUUACUGAGGUCCGCGACGCGAGGCCGGCCAUCGAGACGCACAUUGGUUUGGAAUAUCGUGAUAACUCUGACAUCUUGGACGUCUUUGUGACUAACCACUGAGGUUCAUAUAGCUUUACAAAACCUAGCAGUUUUAGAAAUAAAGUCAACUCGAGCUAACAGGCUUGAUGUCUAAUUAGGUGGCGCUAAUGUAUUGGGAACUAUACUAUUGGUAUAUGGUCACCGUAUAUAGAACUUUCUGUUAAAUAUUAAAUUUGCGAUACGCCUUUUCUAAUUCUUUUUCCAAGAACUUUGCAUAUAACGCAUGACUAUCAGCGCCAUCUAUCGCCAACAUUGUAAUAGGUGCCAUAUGCGCCGCCAUUCUCGAUAAUAAGUUGUACUUAAGUUUGAACAUGAUCCAUUAUGAUCUCGCUCGAUAGCCAAGUCUCGGCGUCACGGCUGCCAAAGAUAUUUUGCUAGAGAUGCUAAGAAAAAAAAAAACACCAUUGCAAAGUCACAGUUGGGAUGUUGAUGUCUUACUUUGAGUCUAUUGAUGCCCUCGUCUGAAAUAAAUAAAUCCUUGUAACUACGUCUUUGAAAUGAUUUAUUGAGAUUACAGAAUGUUACUGCUAAAUUGAAAAUAAAGAACCGAACCGAAGACCGAAGAGUUAAAUUUGGAGAAUUUCCUAUUUUAAUGUCAUCGUUAUAUUACAUAUUUUAAAUGAGGGUCUCACUGGUCUUCAGGUAUAAUAACAUUGCCGCAUCCCAAGUUAUUUCGCCAUGGUUUUCCAUAGGACAUAGCUAGGAAUAACAUUGCAUGUAAUAAUGCAGAGCUGAUCCACAACCAAAAUGAGUACAAAUGUUAUUAAAAAAUUGUGUAAAUAGUUUUUGGAAUAUGACAUGGAUGAAAUUUUAUCUUUAUAACAACAGCUAAAUAAGGUUAUUAAUUUUAAUAACUUGUUUUAGAAUAAUAUAGCGAUAUUGCUAAUAUAGUUUAAAUCUUUUGUAUUUUUAGGUCGCUAUGCAGGUCCAUGCCAUGCCAUGCAGAGGAAACAUGCCUACACUAGGCAUGUUUUGUGUGAUACACUAGGCGUGUUUUCUCGUAGUGAAGGAGAAAUUAGUCUGUUGACAGUUUUACUUCUAUUAAUGCCUUAUUUAGCUGGAAGUAGUUAAGUCAACGGGAAAAAAAUAUAUUACGAAUCGGUGUGUAUUUCAUUUCAUGACUUGAAUAUUAUAUUUUGAAAUUAAUAGUGUUUAUUAAGAUUAAUAUAUUUUUAAUGAAACUGAUUUUCAUUUGCAACUCUCCCAAAAUAUUUAAGCACCAAGGCAAUACUCUGGGAACACUAAUUUAUCAUAAUAAAUAGUCCUAUUAUCGUAUCUCCUUUACGAUUUGGUUGGACUUUUAUACCUUAGCUGAAUUGGGGAAUUAUUAAAGCGUAAUUAAGCUAGGUCCACCUGCCUAAAACUAUUGACUUGACACAGAUAUGAGAUUCCAUAUUAUUGUGGUCAGAGGAUGGAAGUCGAAGGUUGUUGUUGAUACCUAAUGCCCUAGCAAACACCCAGUACUCAAGUCGCAAAAUAGUUCAGCAAUGAGAACUAGUGUUAUUUUAGAGAAAAUAUCACUUAUUUAACAAUGACAUUAUGAUAUUGUGUUAUCUCAGUGGGAGCCUUGGAUUCGACAAUAUUAGAGUGACUAUAUCUAGAGAGUUGUCUAUCGAAAUCAUGUUAGAAAUGAUGACAAAUUAUAUAAUUUAAUUUACAUUAUAGCAUGUUUGUGUGGGUCUUAUGAUUAUGAUUGUUUUACCGCAAUAUACAAGUGAGUUGUGCCCUUAUUUUGAAAUUAGUAAAAUAUUUUGGUAUUUGAUAAGCUUUACUUCGGGAUUUAAUAAUAAAGAAGUUUACUGAAA